AAAUCCACUGAGCUCAUGCUGGGACUUCUGCAUCUACCGGGUUGUUCCUCCCAUCUCCUCCACCCAUCAGCAGCUGCUCUUCCUUUAGCACUGCUUCAGGGAGGCCCUUCCUGCCCACCCUGUCCAAGUUCCACCUCCUGACUUUACCCACCCCUAACCCCACCCUUGCAGACUACAAUCCAAGGCUGUGCCAACAAAGCCGUUGUGUUCCAGAGACUUCUCCUAUUUGGCCCUGAGCUGCUGUCUUCUAGGUAACCAGAGUGUGAAAUGGGUUGCAUAUAACCCAUGGAAUGAUCUAGUAGAAAGCUGAAAGCCAGAAGGAAGUGGACAGAGGAGAAAGGAGGGAUGGAAAUAGAGGGAAUGAGGAGCCUGGGGAAAACCAAGGUGAGCGAUAUUCAGUGGUUUGGUGGAUCCCAUCAACAAAGCUGAGAAUGGUUGAGAGAAAUGGAGCCUAUGCAGGCCCGAGGCCAGUCAGUGCGACUCCUCCAAAGAUAGGACUUGGAAGACAGGACUUGGUAGAAUGGAAGAAUAUCGACUUUGGCUUCAGCUUACCUGCCUGGGAACCUGGCUACGCUGCUCCAGGCAGUGCCCUUUGGAACUUAGCCAUAAAAAUGAAUCCAGUCGUUUCGCAGCCAGGAUAUGGUACAGGAGGUGUGAUGAAUAGUGACUGGCAAACUGGCAUAUUUGACUGCUGUGAUGACCUGGGGAUUUGCCUCUGUGGGACUUUCUUUCCCUUGUGCCUUUCGUGUCAGAUCGCCUCUGACAUGAACGAAUGCUGUCUGUGCGGAGCGAGUGUCGCUAUGAGGACCUUGUAUCGGACGCGAUACGGCCUCCCGGGAUCUAUUUGCGGUGAUUUCCUAUGGCUGAGUUGUUUCCCUCUAUGCAGCCUUUGUCAACUCAAGCGAGAUAUUGAAAAAAGAAAAGCAAUGAAUGCUUUCUAAAAGGUGCUUGGUCACAUUCACAAUGUGGUGAAAGAAAUCCUAGAAUCACAUACUGCAUCUGUUGAGUACUAUCUCACCCCAAAUCUUAGAAACUAAUUCAACUAAUCAUAUGGUUUCCAGUGGCUUCAAGACAUUUUAAGUUUCUAGUUUAUUUCAAAAGAAAUACAUUUCCAGUGCUGUUCUCUAACAUGACUGCUAUUAAAAAAUUAAUGUCCUCAACA